AUGUUCAAAACGCCUUCUUUGUUGUUGACCAAAAAUAAAGACGAGGAGGACGACGACGUAAAAGACUUCGAGGAAGAAGAAGAAGAAGAAAAGAAGAACAAGGCCAUCGUCGAUAAAGAAGAGCGAACGCGCUCGGCGAAAGCGAAACUCUCCUUAUCGAUCGUUUCCGUGAUUCUUUUGUGGUUCGGGUCGUUAUCGGUGUGCGAAACGGUCGCAAAAUAUUCGACGACUUUGACAUCUUUGAAGGCGAGGACGGAUGAUAUCUCGUCGUCUUUCGAUCGAGUCGCGUUCGCGUGGGAGCGGUUGGCGAGAGAAGCGCACGAGCAGAAAGUACGACACGAGAGAUGCGUGGAGAGAACUUACCGAGGGUGCGAGAAGACGUUGGCGCGUGAGAUUGAGAGAGAAGAGGAGCGCGCGCGAACGGCGAGAAGAGAGAACGAUGACGCGGUCGAUCGGUUGGCGAACGCGACGGGGGAAGCCGAGAGAGAGAUGGAAAUGUUGGCGGCGACGUUGCGUUCGCAGAAGCUUUUUUAUGCUAAGAAUAAACUCGAUGAUGAUAACACUAUCGAUGUGGAUAAAGUGUACGUGGAUGCGGUAAAUGCGGUGUUGAACGCGAGGAUGUGUGUUCCCUCCUCUCUUACCGAGGAAGGUAAUUUUGGCGCGCACGACGACGCGACUUUAGGAAACGUCAUAAACCGAAGACUUGGCAUAAACGCAGAGGAGACUGAGCAGCUCGCGAGCGAUUUAGAGAGUGCAAAUGGAAGGUACGCAACCUCGGCAGAGUUAUCGGUGAAGAACGUUUUGCAUGUACUAGAAGAGAGACGAGAAUACGACCAAUCGUACAUGGCGAAUAAAACUGCAGACUUUUUGCAGACGACCCGAUUUGUAAUGCCGGAGCUCACCGCGGUUUCUAUGGGUUCCAUUGAUGUCUAUAUGAAUGCAUCCUUUGCAAACAUUUCCAAUAUGACUGAUUCAUUUGCCUCAAAAGCGUCUGCGUCGAUGGAAGAGACCUCUCAACUUCUCUUGGAAACCGCGAGCGCAGCGAAUGACAUGUACCGAGAAGUCGCCGCGUCAACGAGAAGUAAAGUGGACGUUAUCAAAGCUGUUUACGACGAGGAAAUGGAAGAAAUCGGGGAGUUUUUUAAGUGGUACGAUUCCACGGUCCAACCUUUCCUAGAGGAGGCUAAACUUCUUUUGAAUCCAGGGAUAGAUCUUGAAUUGUUCGAAACGACGCCGUCGUUUGGAUCCGUACAGUUGAACGACAUCACAUUUUCAUCGACCGAGUUGCAAGGACUGAACGAACGAACAAAACAAAUGAUGGACAAAGCUCGAAUGGACACGGAACUUCUCGUCUCAAACUUUACCGCGCAGUCGAGUAGCAUGGUUUCGAAAACGUCCAAGGAACUCGCCGAACAAGUCAACGCGACGUUUAUCUCGACAACCGGAAAUCUCGCGGAGCGGUUCAAAAAUGUUUCCGCGUUCGAUGACUACAAUCCUCCUUUAUUGAGCGACGGAGGAAACAACAGCAAAGCGUUGGACGAGUACAUACAAUCGGAGUUACAGCUGAGUGAAACGAGAAAAAGCGCGUUUGAUCGCGACACCGCGGCGCUUUCGAAACGGCUUGAUGAGCAAAAUCUUGCAACCAGCUCUUCAAAGGUCAAUUUCACAUCUGCAUCCGAACGAAUGACAAAUACGUCAAGAUUUGAAGAGCUCGUGUCAUCUGCUGAACACGAUAAUACCGAUUUAAAUUUCAACAUAUUCGCGCCGCUCGGAUUUAAAGCGCCAGGAGCGACGCUACGUAACGCGUUCCAAAAUCUGAAGAGGGCGAAAGACGCCGUCGUACACGCAGACGUGGCGUACAGAGUUAUUCGAACAGUACAAGUACUCGCGCAACACUGGCACUCGGACGCGUUUAUUCUCGAGCCGAUGCUCGUAGCGUCGUCCGCGCAAAAGAGAACGGUUACAGACUCUUCAUGUCUCGUUGUAGAAGAUGGUCGCCGUCGAGACUUCAGCGAGUACGGAAAAGCGGAGCGCUACAAAAGAGGAGACAACGACACGAAGAAAGUGAGCACUUUAGAAAGAGUGGCAGCAUUUUUUGGUGACCCCGUGCACGCGGCAAUCGUUAAGUUUGCCGUGGUAUUCUUCGUCGCGACUAUCGUUUGGUCAGCGUAUUAUCCAAUGCUUCAAUCGCACUCGCAAAAAUGUUCCAGAAAGACAUUCUCAGACGAUAUUCUCAAUUCGAAUGAGUCGGAAGAUUUCCAAUCCACGUCGUCUUUCCUUGCGAGGAAUGCAUACAAUAGCGCUCGAGAUUACAUCCACGUGACGCCGAACGCGACUGGUGAAUUUCAAAGGAAACAGUUGGUUUCCAUGAAGGCAAGCGCGAUACGGACACACGCCGCUACGGCGAGAAGCGAGUUCGAGGCGCUUUUGGCGGAAGCGGAUGUCAUCGAGACAUCGUAUAGAUUGGUGAGCAUGAAAGACAAAAAAGCGUUCGAUACGUGUGCGCCUGAACAUGCAAUCUUGCGAGAGUUGGGUAAAAAUACGACUUCUUCUUCUUCUUCUUCCGACUUUGCGUAUUAUCAAAACCAGGAGAUUUUAGCGCGAAGCGCUCUCAACGAAACGCUCGAGUCGAUCGAGACUUUCUUUGAUGACACGAACAGUUCUUACUUCAUAACCGACGAAAGCAUAUACAUCGAUUCAGCGCGUGUGCAAGCGCCGUGUCUCUCCAACACAAACGCCGCGCACUGUUUAGGAGUGAGAGAAACGCCUCUUCGCUUCCGUUCAAAACUCGCCGCGUGCGAAACCGAAACCUUUCUUCACCAAACUUUCUCGAACGUCUUCUUCUCUCUGUUUAUAUUCUUCAGCGUGAACGCGACGAGAAAACCAUUUGUCAACGCGCUCGGGAAAAUCUUCUGGCGAGCAAACUACGUCGCAAAACGAGACGCCUUGCGAGGCGUGUUUCGUUUGAACGCCAAGACGGCUACGUUUUCGAAAGAAUACGAUAGGUACGAACGCGACAACCAACAAAUCCUACGCAAACAGAUACGCGCGCACACGACUCAACAGGAACGAAAAGGGUACACGUUCGCCAUCUUGUGCGUAAUAGCGCAACUUCCAUGGAUAACUGUCCUCGCGCUCUCUCGUGAGAUGGCAUUUUGA